UUCUGUGCUGGGAGCUUUACUGCUUGGUUUCUGGAUUUUUUUUCCAAUAGAAUUGUUUUUCCCCAUAAGCUAGAAUUAGCCAGCUCUGUGAUGACUGAAGCCUGAGCUGGAAAGGAAGAGGAAGCUCGCCUCUUCUGUGGUUUCACACAAGAAACUUGAAGGAUUUUCUGAGUACUGAGAGCCUCCAUUCAUUGUGUUUCUAUGCUGGGAUCCUGACUGUUUCGUCUCUGGGUCUUUUUCAAUCGAAUCGUCUUCCCGCACAAGGGGAAGGAAAUGCAUUUGAAAUGAGUCAGUGAUUCUUCUGCAGCACGAUGCUGACUGGUUUGAUACUCAGUGUCUUUGUUGUACUUUCACCUGUUUUCACACGAGGAAACUCAAAUGAUAUUUAUUUUGUGGAUGGACAAGAUAAGUUUUCAUUGAAUGGACCAGACAAUCCUGGACAGGGUCCUGUUGCCUGGGAAUGGAAACCACACUCAGGACAAAAAACACAGCAGCUGGUUACUUUCCGGAAAAACUAUUGGGCCCGGUGGGAGUCACAAUGGAGUGAAUACUAUCGAAGUAAUUUGUACAAUACGAUAAAGUGGGGUCACGAUACCGUUAGACUCGAAUUUAGAAAUCCCACAUUUAAACUUGCGGGAAAGUACACCCUGUUUCAGGCAGAACCGAUUAAAACCAUCCUGAAAGAAUACAAUGUUUUUGGGAUCAAAGUUAGCUCAAGUGCUCAGAAUCCUUACCACACGGUUGGCAGUGAUGUUACCCUCGGCUGUACCAUCUCCAAACUCUCGGAUACAGUCUGUCUCCGAUGGAAAUGGAGAGAUUCAUCUCAGAAGAACAGCAGGAAAACGGAUCAGAUACGAGUCAAUAACACAGUCUAUCUGAUGGUCAAGCAAGUUACUGUGGAGGAUGUGGAGUUGUACAUGUGUGAAGUACAGGAACAUGGAUCCAUUUUUCACACCAAGACAGUAUAUUUUUCUGUGUCCCAGUAUUUAUCUGGAAAAAAUUACACUGUUUAUCGCUCAGACACUGAUCACAAUGAACUCAACCUGGGUUGCUAUCGUGAUCCUCGCCAUUAUUCUACUUCCAACACUGCUGCGUGGAGCUGGAAAUCAGGUCUUCAAUAUCAGGAGAGAAACAUAGCUUCUGCUUCUGUGGAUCAGCCCAUCAACGUCAACAGGACUCACUUUGGGAAUCGACUAGAUCCCAGGAUGUCAUGGUUCGAUGGGCUGAAAUUCAAUCUGAGGAUUGUCCCUGUCCUGUUUGAAGAUGCAGGAGUUUAUAAAUGUUCAUUUAAUUCAUACAAAUUUGUGACCAUCACAUUAAUCACAGUUAAAGUCACAGCAGAAUCCUCUGAUGCGGAGACUGAGGGAGACUCCGUUACUCUGACCUGCUCUGUCUCUGAUGUCACUGAAUCAAUCAGACUUGUUUGGAUCAAUAAUGAUGGUAAAAUUGUUGAAGAAAAGGCAUUGAAUGGGAGGAAAAUGGAAGAGAAGUCAUUAAGGCUGAUUGUUCAGAAAGCUGACAGAGACAGAGGGAAAUGGACGUGUGUUUUGUUUCGACAAAACAUGCCUCAGGUUUCAGUCCCAUACUAUUUGGAGCUCGGUGGAAGCUUGAAUGAAGUGUAUGUUCUCCAACAGGAUGGGGACUUUCUAUUAAAAGGGCCGGACAGUCGUGGAAAUGGCUCCACUAUCUGGGAGUGGAGGUCACACUCAGGGCAACAAACUACAAAACAGUUGGGAACUUUUCACAGAGAAGGCCAGCAGUGGGCUGUAGAAUGGAGUGAUGAUUACAAUAAUAUGCCGGAUAUUUCUCAGAGAAUACAUGAGCAAUGCGGUACCCUCAAUCUGUUAAUGAGAAAUCCCACAUUUGAACUUGGAGGACUGUUCACCUGGACUCAAACACAGCCCAAUAAGAAUACCCUGAAACAGACUGAGCUAUUUGUUAUCAAAGUUGAGAUUGAUUCACAAAGGCCUGUAAUGGGCAAUGACAUCACACUCAGUUGCACCAUCUCCAGACUCUUGGAUACUGUCAGUCUUCACUGGAAACACAGGGACCCUUCUCAGCCAGACAGGAUGAUCAACACCGAUGAGAUCCAACUGAAUAACACAGUCUAUCUAAUUGUUAGACAUGCUGGUGCAGAAAAUCAGAAUUCAUAUGCAUGGGAUGUACAGGAAAAUAACUCUGUUGUUCUGACUGGAAACAUAAACAUUGUCGUGAAUCAGAAUUUACUUGGUAAAACAUAUACACUUUAUCGAUCAGUCACAGGUCACAGUGAACUCAAACUGAUUUGUGAAGUUGAUUCUAUGGAAAUUGAAACAAAAUGGACCUGGUCUUCACACUUAACAAAUGAAGAUAAAAAAAUAGCUUCCAUUUCCAAAUCAAAGCUUGUCAACAUAAACACGGCUGACUUUGGGAGUCGGUUGGUCUCUCCAGUGACCAAUUUCACUGGCACGUUUUUCUCUGUGUGGAUUGUGCCUGUCCUGUUUGAAGAUGCAGGAGUUUACAGAUGCUCUCAGGGAUCAGAUAAUUAUUUGACCAUUAAUCUGCUCACAGUAAAAAUCACAGCGGAGCCAUCUGAUGCAGUGACUGAGGGAAACACUGUUCACCUGACCUGCUCUGUCUCACAUGUUACUGAACCAAUCAGACUUGUUUGGAUCAAUAGCGAUGGUAAAAUUGUUGCAGAGAAAACAUUAAAGGAGCAGAAGCAGCAAGAGGAUAGUUUACAGCUGGUUAUUCAGGAAUUCGAUAGAGAUAGUUGGAAUUGGACAUGCAUUUUGUUUCAUCAAACCAAUCCCAAAGUUUUAAUACCUUAUCGUCUGAAGUAUAACGAACGUUAUCCUUUUCAACAUACCGAAGCCGUUGUAUUUGGGAGUCUGGGUCUUCUUCUCAUCAUUAUCCUGAUAGUGGUGCUAAGUCUGAGAAAGUGCAUGGGAGCCCGUAAACAAGGCUUGAAAAGUCAAAGAUUGAAGCCCUUGCAACAAAAGGAAGAUGUAGAAGAUAUAUCUCAGCUUUAUUCAAAUAUUAAUGAAGUCCAGCAAAUGCAAGCAGGUACAGAGUCACUAGAGCUUGGAACUAAUAGCUCUGAAUAUGCAAGUGUCAGUGGAAUGGCAAAAGCAGUCGACAUAGAAAAAGAAGAUAUUCAUUAUGGAUCUAUCAAUUUUCAGAAAACUGCACCAGGGAGCAAACAGGUAACAGAGAGAGCACAGAGCAACAAGCAACUUUCAGGAGCUGAAUUGGGUGCUUCAAAUGAAGGUGAUUCCUCUAUUAUCUAUGCACAAAUAGCAGGAGUGCAAGAUCAAUAAUCUUCAGAAGUGGCCGGAGCAGCUUGGAUUUAAGAUUUGUGAAAUAAAACGUUUUUCCUUGGGAACUGAUUCUCUCACUUCUAAGUAGAUUGAACCUUUCUUGCUGUGUACAUCCGAUGAGUUUACAUAGUCAUCACAUUACAGAUUUUAAACAUC